AUGUACCAAACUUGGAAAUCAUAAUUUAUAACAUAUUGGCAAACAUGUGAAGAAGCAAGUCAAUGUGUCGGAUACACUUGCAGCAAACGUCAAGUUAGAGCGCAAGUGGCUCUCUGAUUCAAAGAGGUUAAGAGAGCUGCUUCGUAGAAAUGGCAGCAAUAAAGGGCCUGGGUAGAAAUAUCCCUUAUCUGAGACAACAAUUUGCUGCCCUUUUAGGAAACACCAGCACCAGUGUGAAAUUCAUAUGCAUAGUAGUUCUGUUUUCCUAUUGCCUUUCUUUUUCCACGGAAGCGGUGCGUCUUCUGAGUGUGACACCAGGUUACUUAUUGCCUCCAGCUUUUUGGAUUUGGACAGCGUUCACCUUUUGUUUCCUUGAGAUACAUUUCUGGGAAGUAUGUGUGGAUAUCGUCACAGUCGGACUUUGUGGCAAAUUGAUCGAACCUUUAUGGGGCGCGAUGGAAAUGAUGACUUUUUUCGCUAUUGUUAAUUUUGGUGUCGCUGUGCUGUCAUCCUUAUUUUAUUUAUUUCUAUAUAUGUGCACUAAUGAUCCGGAUCUAUUGUUUGAUAUACACAUCCACGGAUUGACUGGAUAUAUUGCAGGUGUUGCAGUAGCUGUAAAACAAAUAAUGCCAGAUCAUAUAUUAGUUAAAACACCAAUUGGAAAAAUUACAAAUAGAAAUAUACCAUUAAUGGUUUGGGUUAUGGGAGUAAUAUUAUGGCUUUUUGGAUUAUUGGAAGGUACUCAUCCAACUAUGUUCCUUAGUGGUCUAUUGAUAUCAUGGAUAUAUCUUAGAUUCUACCAGAAACAUAAUAAUGGUACACGUGGUGAUAUGGCAGAUAACUUCACAUUUGCAAGCUUUUUUCCAAAUGUUUUACAACCACCAAUAGCAGUUGUAAGUAAUACAAUACAUGGUUUCUUUGUACGAGUUGGAAUUUGUAGAAAAGUGGUUAGAAGAUUUGAUAUGUCUAAUGCCCCUCCUGGUUUAAUUAUAAAUCUUCCUGGUAUAGAUCCACAUGACAGUGAAAGAAGAAGGCAAAUAGCGUUAAAAGCCUUAAGUGAAAGGUUAAGUAAGGAUCAUGCAAAACCAUGGCAACAGGAAAGAGCUAAGAAACAUUCUCCAGUUCCUCCUGCAGUUUCAAUUCCAAUUCCUGAAACAACUACACCCAAACCACUUGCAUCUCCUCUCAUUCCUCAAGUUAGUGUUAACAUACAUAAUCACACUUCUAAUACUAAUACGUGA